CUGCGACCCAGCCCAAGGGGACUGGGCUCGCAGAAAAAAAGCCGGGACGGGAGUUGUCCGCUUGCCGAAGCCCAUUUUCGAUACUAAAGGUUCACCACGCAUCGCUGCAAGCGCAGUACGCGCCUUUUUGACAGCUUGACACAUGAUUGCCUGACAAAUACGUGAUCCUGCAUCGCGGUUGCUAACACACCAUAUCGACUGUACGGUCUCCAGCUGCUCGUGCCGCUUUCCAGACAUCAAAUGAUAAAGCCCCUUUGUCCCUGCUAGAGGGCGGGCAAGGCACCUUGUAUAUGCGUAGCCAGCCAUGAAAAGGAGCCUUUUGACGUCUGUUCGGAGCAUCAUCCGACCGAAUCGCACGAUACUUCUCAACGCGACGACGAGCAGCGAUGGAUCCGUUCGCCAGAAAGCGGUCCAACAGUCCUGUGCGCACUCGCCAUUCGAAGCGAAUGAUCCUGUUGGACGAAGAAAACGAUGACUGGCGACGAACAUCUUCACCAUCUAAUGCCUCCAGCAGCACGUCCAAAGCCUCGUCCGAAUCUGACGCUGCUGGCAACGACUUGACAUAUGUGACAGAAAAGUUCUCCGGUUUUUUGGCCGAUUUUCUAGCCGAAUACGCGUCGCCGCAUUCACCCCGAUCGCCUGCGUCCGUUUCGGAGCAUAAUGUUACCGCCGCGGCGCAAUUGCCAUCGGACACACGAUCACAUGUGAGCUCUCGCUCUGAAGUGGCGGAAUCGCCAGCAGUGUCUUCGAUGCGCAGUGACGAUUUGACAACAGAUUCUGAAGAGGGCGACCAGGAGGACGCAUCUACGGUGGCCGACGGUGAAUCCCUCUGGGAGGACGACGAUCCCGACACGCCGGGUUCACCAGGUAGCGAUAUUGAGCUGAACGAGGGAAUCAUCAGAAGAGGCAUGUACAUCACGGUGGUCUUAAGCAACCGCGAACGUAAUACGGCCUUACCAUGCACAGCAAAAGUGCUCGAGGUGCAUGAUCGCAAAGGCAAAUUCACUUUACGUCUUAGCAAAAGUGCUAGAAGAGCCACGAGGGCCAUGUGGACUGCACCGAUACAAAGCCCAUCGUCCACACGGGGGCGAUUUGUGUCACCAAGGCCUUGAAAUACCGCAGCGGGCCGCGUAAAAAAAUUUUUUUCCCUUUUAUUUCUUGUUAUAGAAGCUAUUGAUCGAGCUUAGAUCUGUGUUUUGGGAUGGGCAGCCUGGCUAUUGGCGCGAAUGGGAGGCUUCUAGGGGAUUGCUGUUUAAUUGAUGAUACCCAACGUCGGCGAGAUGAUUAGCCUUCAAGGACUGCUCAUCACAUUUUAUCAACAAUAAAAAGUAAAGUGGCAAC